GCCACAAUCACCCGGCGGAUUCCUUUAAGCCACACAAGCGCUGUCGAAAGCGUCACGGGAAUCGCAACAGCAAGUAACCAUGUUCCAGGCGACUUUCAGCAAAGCAUGCAGCUUUCGAACCAGGAUUUGCUAAAUUAUUUUCGGCACCGUAUUGUUUGCCGACAGAACGGAUUUACGAUAAUCGAUGGCUACCGCUUCGUGAUCGGCACUACAAAUCUGCGUCGCACCUAUUUGAAGUGCGCCAACUUUCGCAGCAACUGCCGGGCCCGGGCCAUAAUAAAUAGGGACACGAACAAAGUGCGGAUGAGGCAUGAGGGCCACAAUCACAGCCGUAAGGAUGCGGUGAGCGGACGUAGCUCUAAGAAGUAGCAGAUAACUCGAAGCUAGCCCAGUAUGUGCGCUCCAACCGAGGAACCGAUCUUGUUUACCACGAAGGAAACACAUACACACCCAAUGAAAAGCUGAGGGAGGGACAAAAGAGUCGGGACUGGAAGUGCUCAAUGUACCACAAGG